GUCAAUUAUUUGUCUCGAGUCUUACUUAAAAGUAAACAGUUCAUAUAUAAAGAAUAGCUUCAAUUUUUUAAAGAGUUAACUUCUGAGAAAUUUACCUUCAAGUUUUUUUCAAGUCAUAAAAUAUAGUCAUCCAAGUAUGACUAAUUUUGGGGAAGCAGUCUAAAGGGAAAAUAUCAAAAUAAUUGCAAAUAUUCUUCCUGUUUCUGUUUUUGAAGUUUUUUUUUAUUAUUAUUUAAGUAUUUCAUUUUGUUUCUUUAUUAAUAGGAAAAAAUCAUAGAGCUGAGAUACUUAUAGAGGCAGUGCAACAAUACUUUGGUGUAGGACAAGAUAAAAUCACGUGACCUAUUUACAGAAUUUGUGUUCACUGUAACCGCAUUAUCCGUUCCGCAUUAUAUUUCAAUGGCAGAUAUUUUCUCACUUUUUACUGUCGGAUUUUAAAUCUUAUUUAAGCCAUGGUUAACUAUUGCUGUGCAAUUGAAUGCAAAGAAAAAGCUUCUAAGGAUAGUCCUGUAUCAUUUCACAGAUAGAGGAAUAUCUUUGAUGCGUUGAAUUAUCUUAUCUUUAUUAUCAAAAUCAUCAAAAAGGGAGGAUGCCCAUGCUAACCAGGCUUCCUUCAAACACUCUCCCUCUUGAAAAGGUUGACUAUGCCGAGCAAUGACAUCUCCAGCCGAGUAGCUUGCCGCGCUGGAAAUCACUCAUCGGCAAAAUACGAUCAUAUAAGCCUCUUUUAAAGAACAAGUGACUCUUUACAUCAUUCCGACAUUUUACUUUCGAGCCUACCAGAAAAAAGAAUGAGUGUAUGCGAAGAAAUUUCCCAGAAUUUGAAAAAUCAGAAUGCUUUAAUACUUGAGAAGUCUGCUGUUCAAAAUAAUAAGCAAAAUUCAGGUCCACAGAUAGAAGCUUUCAUAUUGAAUAAAGGGCAUCAAGUAAUCCGGAAAAGCAUAAUUUAUUCCCGAGAAAAGCGUUUUGGUCUCAGUAAUUCUUAUUUUGAAUUUUAUUUGAAGUCAAAUGAUUUCAGUAAUGAUUCUCAUCUUGAGACUACUAGAAAUUCUGCGAAUUUCUACAAAGAGAUUUACAGUUCAUGCAAAGAAGAAAGAAAACAGUCAAUGUCAUUAGAGAUCAUUAAAAAUCAAUCUGAAUUUUUAGAAGAGAAUUUACAAAAUGGAAUAGAAAAUAAAGCCGUUAAUGCAUAUGCUGAAAGUGAUGAUUUAGUUCCAAAUGAGAAUCAGGAAUCUAUUCAACUGAGGAAGUCUAUAGAAGAAAAAAUAGCUCCGGAGAAGAACGAACAUGAAGAUGUCGCUUCUAUGUCGGAAGAAAGCAUUGGAACUAAAAAGAUUCUGUUUAAAACUGGAACAGAAGUAUGCCUGAAAAAUCCGUACCUGGAAUUUAUCUUGAAGUCAGAAGUUUCAAACCAUCCUCUUUGCGUUACUGGAAACUCUGAGGAACUCCACAUAAAUCAUCUAGCCUCAAAAAGAGAAAGCCAAAUGGAUGAGAAAAGCAACAAGAACUGUGUCGAUAUUUUUGGAUAUCAAUUGACUUCUAAGGAUCGGAACAAGAUGAAAGUAAAUUGUCCGCACUGCGCAAAGAAAGUGCCAGCUCCUGGCUUUGUUCGUCAUCUCUCUUACUGCAUGAGAGUUCGUAUUCGAAAAAGUGGACGACGAUCCUAGAAUUACUUCAAAUCUAAACCUCUUCACUUGUCGUUGCUUCCAAUCUUCUAUAUGUUGUCCUUCGCAUUUCAUAAAAAUGCUAUUAAAAUACAAGUCCACUAACAUAAAAUAUGCAUAAACAUGUAGUAAAUAAGUGUGUAAUAUUGCCUACUGUUGCCUUAAAGUAAAACUGCCUACGAAGCUGUGUAAUAUUGCUUACGAAACUGGUUGGCUUUAACAGAAUGUAAUCUAUCAAGUCUAUUAAACUAUGCUUGUAAAUUUUAUGGCGAUUUAUAUCUUCUAAGUGUUAAAGGCGCGAUGAUUAUUAUAUGUAAUUUUCAACUAAACAUUAAUUUUAUUGGUUUGCCUGUUGUGAAAAUGCAUUAUGAAAUUACUUAUGCAAGAAAUCUUUAUCGAACAAAAUUUUCGGGUAUUUCAGGUUGUCAUUGAAAAGUCCAUCCCCCCCCCCCUUUUUUUUGUUUUUGUUUUUUGAUAAGACUGAAAAAAAGUUGGAAAUUAAAUAUUUCUUUUAUUCACUAUUAAUUAAAAUACUUUUUAUGCUACUAA